AUGUGGCUGAUGACCGUGUUCCUGGGCAAUGUAAUCGAUAUGCUUAUUUCUGGAUCACAUAUUGUCGCUGAACCGGCCACUGAAUUCUUUGUCUACGCAUUUAUGAUGAUUGUUGUGAUUGGAAUCUUCAUAAUGCUGGCCGUACGGUAUACGUAUGCAGAAGACAGGAACAUGCAAAUGAAGUUCACGGAGAAGCAAUCCCAGAGCAUCGGCUUAGAACAUGGCAAUAGCAGCACAGCAAACAGUUAUGACUAG